UCCAACCUGCCCAGGUUGCGGUGCGCCUCUGCGUGACGAGCGGACAGGUUUUUGUUAGACAAAUACGCGCCGUGUUCCUUUCUGCUGCUGUAACAGUUUAUUCCGCUCCUGCUGCAAUUUGCAUUCACCUGUAAUGAAGUCAGCGCGGCUCCAAAGGAACGACAUUCCCGUCCACUCGUGGGCAAAUGUGAAUUUUUAGACUAAAACCCCCGAAGAGGAGCUGAGGAAGAGGGAGAACGUCCUGGGCACGUUAUGAAAGCUUAACAUGAUAAUUUAAAAAGCCAAAAAGGGAAACUAAAAGUUCCAGUUCGGGGUACAGAUGGAGUCGAUGACCGGACUAAUGCUUCUUCUGCUCCUUGUCGCAGGAUGCGUUCAAGGGGACUUCAGAGAGCCUCCGCAGCCCGACACCGACCUCCAGGGGUUCACUGACGCACAGACCAGACUCCCCUGCUGGUACCAGCCGGAGGCGGACCAGAGGAUGGUGCAGGUCACCUGGGAAAAGGUGUUCCCCAACGGCACCAGCAGGCAAAUCAUCACGGCCCACUUUACUGAAGGGAUUAAAGCGGUUGAGAACUCUGACCGGGUGAUGUUUGAGACCUACAACCCGAUUUCUGAGAGCUCAGCUUUGCUCAUCAAAGUCACAAAGGUGUCAGACGCCGGCGUCUACCGGUGCCACAUCGUCACCUACCCCCUCGGAAACUUCGACAGGACCAUCAAGCUCACCGUGUGGAUGCUGCCCAUCACCGCCGUGGAACUGGAGGACCUGGUGGAAGGCCAGGCGUUUGGCGUUGUCGCCACCUGUCGGGCCGUGGGCUACCCCAAACCCGGGCUGUCCUGGGACACCGAGCUGCCCGGCUACUCCAGGAACCACACCGGGGAAGACGGGAAAACAUUCAUCCAGUACUCGCUCCACCCGCUGCGCAGCAUGAACGGCAAGAAGCUGGACUGCUUGGUGUGGCAUCCCAGCCUGAAGGAACCGCGCAGGGUCGCUAACCACCUGGUGGUCCAGUACCCCCCAGAUCCCAUCAUCUCCAGUUCCCCCAGUAACUGGCAGGUUGGUUUGCAGAAGGCCGAGCUGGUGUGCGAAGGCAGGGGAAACCCAACACCCCAGAAUGUCAUCUGGACUCGGAGAGGAGAAGCUCUGCCGGAUGGGGUGUCUGUGGUUGGAGAAAAGCUCGUUUUCGGACGGCCCGUCCAGUUGAAUGACAGUGGGACGUAUGAGUGCACGGUGAAGAACACUGUGGGAUCUGGAAAAACACAGUUUAGAUUGGCUGUAUCAGAGCCGCGGAACCUGCCGCUGCAGAAUCUGCCGCAGCAAAGCCUGGUGCUGAUUAUUGUUUGCGCCGUGGCCGGCGCUUUGUUUCUGGUGCUGCUCGUCGUGAUUCUGGUCGUCAAACGCCGCCAUCUGAGAAAAACCAAAAAGCUGAAGAUGGAGCUCCAGGAAACAAAGGACGAAAUUAGCACUCUCUCAAGACAAGCCUCCUUCAGGAGACUGAACUCAACCGGCUCAGUUUCACGAAUUCAGCCUGAAGAUUAUGCCUUACUCAGAGUAGACAGCCGCACUAAAUACAGCCAGAUGUCUCUGGAGCCCUCCCACUAUCACGGCAGCCAGUCCACUCUGGGUGGGAGGUGGGGACCCACAGUAGAGGUGCCACGGGACGAAUACGGGCGUCCCGUCGUCUGGACCGAAGACAGAGAGUGCCUGAGAGCCGUAGAGAUGAACAGGGAGAAGGAGGAGCGCAGGAAACGGGUGGAGUCGUUUGUGAAGAACAGCAACAUGUCGCUGGAUUCAGGCCUUCCUUCAUCACUGGUUCCCCUGAAGGUCCAGCAGGACGAUGGUAACGGUCAUAAAGAGUCGGACCUGGGUCACCUACAGGAAGACGACUCGGUCGUUGAAUCCUCCACAACAGAGGAACAUGAGGAUGACGAAGGGAGACGUCGGCAUCAUCUUGAGGGAACUCUCAGUAAAAUGUUUUAUGAAAGCAAUGGGGUCCUCAGGCCCAGAGAGAAUCCCAACGCCAUUCUCCUGCCCAGCCAAAAUUAUUACAAACCACAACUUAUCUAAACCUCUGACUUUCUUCCAUAACUGGAAAUGAGAAAAGCCUGUCAGCAUUUCUGCUCUGACAGAGACUUUUAUUUUGAAAAAACAAAGUAUUUAACUACUAUGGACAGAAUGCCAACAAAGACUAUUUUAUUUGUUUUUUGACCUCCUAAACUUCUAUUCUUACUUUGCAAUAACAAGAACCUUUUAAAAUAUUUUGGGGAUAUUUUUGUGCCAUUUACUAAAAGAAGAGAGCUUCCUCGACUCUGGAAUCAUUGAAUCUUCGAAGAUCUACAGAAACUGGAGACGUUUCCUCUAAUUAAAUUUAGAGGUCCAUGAAUGGGCAUCAUAAUUUGGAAAUAAUAGCAUGAGGCCAACCGGUAGGUGUGGGAACCUUGGUGCGCACCCUCUGGUGUCCAGUUCAAUGUGCCAGCUAUAAACCUAGCUUCAUUUGUCUGUACUGUCAAUUUUACUUGUACAUAAAAACCGUAUUUAAAAUAAACAAACCACGUUUAGCCUGGUGGGAGCAAGUUAAGCCUGGUGGCCUGCCAGGCUUAUAAUAAAUACACCAGGGGAAACCUUGCAGUACCUUAGUGCCUGAAAUGCAAUAUUAGUGUGUAUUUCUAAUAAGAACUAACCUUGACAUCAGUGGUAGUUUAUGUGAGCAAAAUGGCUCUUUGUCCAGAGCGUCAUAGCAGCAUGGGGCAGCACCGACACUCCAGAGAGAGAAAAGAAACAGUUAUGUCAGUUUUACCUCCAACAAGUUUUCUAUUGGUUAUUUUCAUGUUUAGUAAAUGGGAAUUGGGCUCUUUCUUAUGUUUUACACAAUGAAGGCACUGCAGUCAAAAUGGCCGAGCACAAGAAGUGGAUGAUUAAAUGGCUAAAAGUUAAAAGGUUUAUUAAAUUAUUUAUCAAGGAAGCUGGAAUAUUUAAUUUGCUCUGAUCUAGAAUCUGAACCGUUAGUGGCCAAACUUGAGCUGGAUUGUUCUACGCAGAUUAAAGAUUUGCUAAAACAUAAUUUUAGGUUUAUUAUUCUGUUCCUCUAUUCCAAAAUUUGGGAUUUCUUAUACUUUCUAUAAGUAGGUUGAUUUUUCGCCCCGCUCAUUGACUGGUUCAAUGUUUCCGACCAGAUCUAGCUGAAAAUCAAUAAGCACUUAAAAACUAUUACAUUUACCUAGAGUUAAAUGUGUUUUUCACUUACGUCUUUGCAUCAAAAUGAAAAUAAUAUUAAAAAUAGGUGGGAUUUAUGUAAAAAAAUAAAGUAAUAUUAGAGUAAUUUUAGCAGAAGUUGGAGUAAUUAUUGCUUUUCUGUUUUAAACUAAAACAGAGACAAUGUUUUACUUUUUUUGUGUAAAUACUCAGAUAUGAUAAUCUCAUGCUGGCCCAAGCCUAUAGAGUUUACUAUACUUAGUCUUACAUAAACUACAUUUUUCAAUGUAUAUAUUUUGCUAGAUUUAUAUGAUCUUUAUUGUUUUUCUACGGGUCAAACGGGUUUUGCAGCUCGACAAAUUUUACUCAUUAAAAAGUCUUUCUUCAUUUAUGUACAGGAUGCAUUUUCCCCUGCAGAACAAAAGCAGUGUUACUCACGUUACUAUCUGUGGCCAUAUUGUUAUGGCUCACAGGUGUGGCUACAUGUGAAACAUCAACAGCUACCUGCAGGAACUAAAGCGUAAAGGGAGGAACUGUGAUAAAAAUGAACACAUUUGAAGAAAACUGGCUAAAAUGUGGAUUUUAUUGGACAAAACUGGACUGUAAAUGAUCACUGAUGAGCAGCUGGAUGAACUGGACAUUUUAUUUUGUAUGAAGAAACUCUGUUGAACAUAUUGAGUAUUGUUUGUAUAUGUGUUUUAUUGUAAGGAAGUCAAAUGUAAAUAACUAAGAUUUUAUUAUUAAAAUUACAGCAUAUGGGAUUUUAAAAGCA